UUCUAAAAGUGCAGUAUGCUUAGUUUUCGUGUUAGGGAACGCUCACUCUGACAAACCAUAGGAUAAUUCUGUUUCCCUAGAUAUGAAGAUGUUGCAGAGGUAAGUGUGUACCUUCACUAUACUAUUCACCUCUGUUAAUGCUUUAAUAGGGAGUACUGGGGUAAUAAAACUCACUUUCAGAGGAGUGAUAUUUCGACUCUAAUGAUGCAACAACAUAACGUGUUGCAUGUUUGCUCUGAAUGAAACUCUAUUUUAAUUCUUCUUCAGCGGAGGUUAGAAAUUAAUUAAUUUGUACAUACCAUGGUACAACUGAUUUAAAUGCCUUCAAGCAUGAAUUACAUCAUCCAAAAUAUUACACACAAAGUGUGGUAGGAGCUAAUAAAAUUAUAUAUUAAUAUCAUGCCACAGGUAAAUUCACAAUUUCUUUUGCAAACAUUUGAGACGUGUUGGGGCACACCUUUUGGAAAGCUUUGCGUCAUGGUUUACACUGGAUAUUAAUGAUAGCUCUAAUGGAAUUAAAGUUUAAAAGUAUAUAAGAUAAUGUUCGCUAGUUCAGUACUGUACUCAGCAGUUUGAUGGUGUUUAUGUCUCAGCAUAGACCAUGUUGGACAGGCAAACAUAGAGUUAUUGGACAGGCAAAUUCUUGAAAAUUAUGGACCUGUGCACUUUGAAUUGACUAAAUUCUACUCUGGGAUUUUAUUUCUACCAAAUAUUCUGCUUAAAGACUCUAAGCCCCACAACCACUACAACACACUGAAGUGUUUAUGGUGCCAGGGAUGCCCUAAGUUGUCAAAGAGUUUUAGAACAGUUUGAAUUCUUACUUGGGUUCCACGGGAGAUUACUCCACAAUUUCCAACAUAGAGUUGGAUGUUCUCAGUUGAAAUUGUAUUUAUCCUUUUUGUUAUUGCCACCAAACCAUAAUCUUCUGUUCACUAUACACCAAACUCCAAAAUUCCCAUGCUUGUAUACCAUACCUUUUUCUUAUUUACCAUCAUAUUUGUAUCGAUUCCUCCCACUCCCUGUUUUCUUUCUUUAUUUUUUGCUCCCGUCUUUAGGUUACUAAAGGUUGAUCCACCCUUUUCGUUGUAUUAAGUAAACAAAGAAAUUGAUUUAUUAGCAUUGAUUAUACUCCUGACCUGUAGACCUUUUCAUAUGUUCUUUUUCUUUAUAACUUUUAAAAUCCGAGCUUAUUUACUGAUUGAUAAAAAAAAAAACACACUCAAGGAAAAAAAAAAACAGAGAGAAAUUGGGAUUUACUAAAUAACCUCCAUUUAAAUAUGCAUAGGGAUUUGGGCUAUAUUUUCUUUGGUUUUUAGCGUAUUUAUUGGUGCUAUGGUCAUUGCUGCCACCCAGAAGUAGUGGGAGUUUGAGCGCAGGACUUAUUUUUGUGCAUUUUUAUUGACUUGUUGAUUCCUAUUAUUAUUCUCUUAAUAAAAUUACUAUUAACCCCUUCGCGACCGAGGACGGUUCAGGACCGUCCUCGGCAUUUUUGCCUUGCAGACCGAUGACGGUCCUGAACCGUCCUAACGGUCAGAGGUACUUACCUGAUCGCCGUCGUUCCCCCGGCGGCGAUCAGUGUUGCUCCGGUUGUGGGGAGACUGCCUGCAGCCCAGACAGUCUCCCCACACUGAAUUAGGACCCCUGUGGCCAUGUGAUCGCUCAACACAGCGAUCACAUGGCCACAAUAGGUGUCCAUGUGUCUGCCUGCAAGGGACAGUCUGUGCUGACAGGCAGUCUCCCUGCUAGUGUAAAAUCAGAAAAAAAAAUAAAGAUAGUGUUAAUAAAAAAAAAUAAUUAUAUAUGUGUAUACAUAUAUGAUAUAUAGACAUAUAUUAUAUCUAUAUAAUAUAUGUCUAUAUAUCAUAUAUAUAUAAUGUCAUACUAAGUGUAUUUUUAUAUUAAUAUGUACUUAUAUUAAUAUAAAAAUACACUUAUAAUUAAAUUACACACGUAUAUAUAUAAUAUAUAUAAUAACUAUAUAUAUUGUAUAUAUAUAUCAUUAUAAAAUAUAAAUAAUAAGUAAUUUAAAUUAAAUAUAUUUUUUUUAAAUAAUAAUAAAAAAUGUAAAAAAAAUUAUAUAUCUAUAUGAAAUUUUAUUCUAACUGUAUUUUAAAAUUAAUAUAUAUAUAUUUAUAUCAAAAUACACUUAGAAUGAAUUUGUAUAUAUAUCUAUGUAUAUAAAAUAAAUAAAAAUAAUACGAAAUAUACAUGUCCAUAUACAAAAUUACAUAAAUAAUUAUAUAAAUAUACACGUAGACUUCAAAUAUAUAAAUAUGCAUAUAUAUUUAAAUUCUACGUGCGUAUUUAUGUAAUAUUUUUACAUAUUUCAGUAAUUUUAUUGAUUGCAAUUUGAGGGACCUGCCUGCCAACCCAGGCCGAAAUUCCAGAGAAUUUAAUUUGCUAGCACUGUAUUUACCCUGUAACGUUCUACGACACCCUAAAACCUGUACAUGGGGGGUACUGUUUUACUCGGGAGACUUCGCUGAACACAAAUAUUAGUGAUUCAAAACAGUAAAACAUAUCACAGCGAUGAUAUUGUCAGUGAAAAUUACUUUUUUUGCAUUUUUCACACACAAACAGCACUUUUACUGAUGAUAUAAUUGUUGUGAUACGUUUUCCAGUUUUUAAACACUAAUAUUUGUGUUCAGCGAUGUCUCCCGAGUAAAACAGUACCCCCCAUGUACAGGUUUUAUAGCAUUUUUGAAAGUUACAAGGUCAAAUAUAUGGGUAAAAUAUUUUUACAUUGAAAAUGGCCAGGUUGGUUACGUUGCCUUUGAGAGCGUAUGGUAGCCCAGGAAUGAGAAUUACCCCAUGAUGGCAUACCAUUUGCAAAAGAAGACAACCCAAGGUAUUGCAAAUGGGGUAUGUCCAGUCUUUUUUAGUAACCACUUGGUCACAAACACUGGCCAAAAUUAGCGUUCAAUUUAGUUUUUUUACUUUUUUCACACACAAACAAAUAUGAAUGCUUACUUUGGCCAGUGUUUUCUACUAAGUGGCUACUAAAAAAGACUGGACAUACCCCAUAUUGAAUACCCUGGGUUGUCUACUUUUAAAAAAAUAUGUACAUGUGGGGUGUUAUUCAGAGAUUUAUGACAGAUAAUAGUGUUACAAUGUCACUAUUGAUAAAUUUUAAAAAUGUAUGUUUUGAAACCACAAUAUCCUACUUGUACCUAUAGCCCUAUAACAUGCAAAAAAAAGCAAAAAAAGCACGUAAACACUGGGUAUUUUUAAACUCAGGACAAAAUUUUGAAUCUAUUUAGCAGUUUUUUUCAUUCGCUUUUGUAGAUGAGUAAAAGAUUUUUCAAGUAAAAGUAAAAAAACAUGUAUUUUGUUCAAUUUUUCAUCAUAUUUUUUUAUUUUUUUUAAAUUAAAAUACAUGAGUUUAUAUAAAUAAUGGUAUGUAAAGAAAGCCCCUUUUGUCCUGAAAAAAACAAUAUAUAAUUUGUAUGGGAACAGUAAAUGAGAAAGCGGAAAAUUACAGCCAAACACAAACACCACAAAAGUGUAAAAAUAUGCCUGGUCGCAAAUGUACAACAUCGCAAAAAAGGUCCAGUCCUUAAGGGGUUAAAAAGUAGUUUUAUUUAUGUUAUUUGUAUGAAUGGUUUGUGUUUUUUUAUAUAUAUAUAUUUAGGUAUUUUCACUGCUAUGUAUAUUGUCCGAUUUAUAUAAAUAAUUUUUUUUCAAACUUUGUUUUUACCCCAUCAGAUAAACCACUAUAGAUAAUAGAUAGGCCACAAAAGUCAAAUUAACAUUCUUGAUAAUGGUAGAACCCCGAUAUAUCUUGUAAAACAAAAGUACCCCUCUUUAUCAAUUAGAAAAGCAUUACUUUCAUAUACAACUGUCUGUUCUGUAACUUUCCCCUGAAUUAGGCAGGACCUUUUAGUACAAACGUGUUAGGUGCAAAGUGCACACAGAGUAGUUAUGACAAAUCUGGGUGUGUCAAUGUGCAACCUGUUCCCUUUUGGCAUUCAAGCAUGAAUACAUGAACCUGCUGUUUGCUGAGUUUCAGGUUACUAUUAAAAAAAAAUCACAAUAAGGAAGCUGGCUCUGACUACCCUAUCAUAUUCAAAGCUGAUGUCACAAGAAGGAAGGUUAUAAAGGUAAGAGGUGAUACCAUUUCGCAAACAAGUUCCUCGCUCCUUCAUUUAAAGUCUCAGAAUCAGGAUUUGGCACAUGAAGGUAAGUUCUGGUUAAGCUUUGGCUAUAUAUGAGAGAUAAGAGUGGAUGGACAUUUAUUUACAAUAGUUUGUUUUUUUCUCCUUUUUUCUGUUAAUGGAUAAAUGAUAACAUUAAACGUGUGAAGACCAAUUCUAAGAUUUUGCCCUGCUUUUUGGGGUUACAAGUAACUAUCAAGACAUUGUGAAAAAGACUGGCACGUGUCCGUAAGAUAAUAGUGGAGAAAGGGUUAACGGUUUAAGCAAUCUUUUUCAUUGGUACAUCUUAUUUCUUCUACAUUUGUACAUCUUUCUAUAAACAAAAAAAAAUAUAAAAGGUGCAUAGGUACACAAGUGUAUAAAAUUUUAAAUAUAUAUAUUUUUAUUUUAUUUAUUUAUUUAUUUAUAUUAUUAUCAUUUUUAUGAGAAAAUCUGAGCAAUAGAUUUCACAUUUCUGUGCACAUAGAAAUCAAGAUGCAAUAUUUAAGCAAAUAUAGCACAUUUUUUAAAAUUUGCCAAACUCCCUUAGAAAUGGAAAUUCUUUUUUUCAUAUAUUAUAUAUUUAUAUUUAAGAUUUUCAUUUCAUUGCAAUAUUGUAUUUAAUAUGUACACAGGCAUAUAUAUAUAUAUAUAUAUAUAUAUAUAUAUAUAUAUAUAUAUUUAUGUGUAUUAACUUGCUCUUUAUUGUGUACAAACAAAAAUGUCAAAGCACGCAAGGGGUCCUUCUUAGAAAAAUCUAAAAAGCACUUACUUUAUUUAAUCACCGUUAAAAGAAAAAAAUUGCAAAUGUACAAUAAUAACCAUUGACUUGCAGUCUGGGACCAUUCCUAAUAAUUGCAAAAAUUAAAAAAAGAAAGCUAUCUCUCUGUUUAUCUAACUAUUAUGAUGUUCAAGUAGAUAUUGUAGCCGUAUUAGUCCAGUGAUGUAGAUGUAAAAAACAGAUAAAAUUCUUAUCUUGUAAUACCUUUUUUAUUGGACUAACAGAAUUUUUUAAUGACAAGCUUUCGGGAGAACCUCCCUUUCUGAACUCUGAAGCAUUUCUGAGCAAGACGACACAUAGAAUUCAAAGUUGAGUUGUGAUACAGGGGUUAAAACGACAAUUAAAAAUAAAAAAAGGUAUUUCAAGAUAUGAAUUUUAACUAUUAUGACAUAUAUAUAUAUAUUUUCUAAAUGCACAUAUAUAUAUAUCAUACACACACACACAUUGCUGCAUUCCUGACCCUGUAGUCACAUCAAAGAGUAAUGGGCUGUAACACCUGUCCUCAUUCCAAUCAGGAAAACCUGUUUGUGAAGCUGUAACAGGUAUUACCCAAAUAAAAUAUUUAAAGAUAGACAGAGAUUGUUUGUGUUCAUUUAAACUUUUUGUUGUUGUUCGGGAUACAUAUAAGCUCAGUCAUGAAAAUUUCCAUUUUCCAUUAGUUUUUUUCUCUUCAAAUCAUAUCUUUAUUUUGCUUGGUUUACUUUUAUUCGACUGCUGUGGAAAAAAAAAAAACGUGUAGUCUUGUUUUUUUUGAAUCACCUUUUGGUUUCAAGUAAAUAAACCUGUUGAAUAUUAAUAUUAAACACUAAAAAUAUAUCCUCCAAAGUAUUCCAAUGAGUAUGACAGUGAAUUUUAUACUGUAAAGGGCUGCAAAAUUUGUUGGCGCUAUAUAAAUAAUAAUAAUAAUUAUCAACCACGUUCAUUUCUUUGUUAACAUUUAUAGACUUGCAAAAUGCUAUUUUAUUUUAUUUAUUCAUAGUUACACUUUAAAAAAAUAAAAAUGAUAUAUAUAUAUAUAUAUAUAUAUAUAUAAAUCGGAAAAAUCUUGCACUCCACCAAUACCAAAUAUAUGUAAUGCCCGGUGCUUGUCAGCCAAAAACACAAAAGUUGCAAAAGAUAGCACUCCAAGGACUUAUCUAAAAUAUAACUUUUAUUUACCUUCAAUAAAAAUCACACUGUCAACGUUUCAGCUUGAUCCCUUUAAGCUUUCCUGAUGAAAGCUUGAGGGGAUCAAGGUGAAACGUUGACAGUGUGAUUUUUAUUGAAGGUAAAUAAAAGUUAUAUUUUAGAUAAGUCCUUGGAGUGCUAUCUUUUGCAACUUUUAAUUGCAAUAAAUAACGAGUUGUAACAGGGUUGAUGCUUACUUACCUAGUUGAAAAGGUAUAAUUUUUUUUUUUUAAUUAUUAUUGAUCUUGGUAAAAAGCAAAAACAAGCAGGGAUUUAAUUUUCUAUUGUCUGACAAGUAAAUCCCUCUUUAAAUAACUUGUUAUUGUAUCUAUGCUGCAUUCAUGAUUGUUUGUAUAUGUAAAUUACGAUGGGGUAUCUCCUGACACCAUAAAGCUGACACUAUGAUACAGUUUCGGAGAUAUGCUCAGUGUCUCCUACAGGGUUAUUAACUUAAAGAAUUUAGACCUGCAGCAUUGUUUUGUCCCUGCAAUGUAAAGAUAAACACACAAGUGGGUUGGGAUUAUAUAAUAUAUUAUACAACAAUUAUUAUACUAUAUAUAUAAUACACCAAUCAAAUGGGAUUAUAUUAUAUACAUAUAGACACACACACGUACCAAUCUGAUUGGUAAUUGGUGCAUUCUUUAGAGCAGGGGGUGCCCAAAAGGUAGCUCCCCAGAUGUAGAACUACAACUCCCAUGAUGCUUAGCAUGACUUUAGAAUUGCAAAGUAUCAUGGAGGCUGUAGUUUUAAAACACCUGGGCAUAUGACUUUCGGGCAGCCCCGCUUUAAAGAGUAAAGCAUGCCGAUUGGCAGCCUGACAGUGAAAGAAAGUGAUCUUUAGAUGGAUGUGUAUACAGGAUUAUUCACUAAACUGAGAAUUCAGAGAGAUUUCACAUUUCAGGCCAAAGUAGCCGAAUAUUUUAUUCCUUGGAUUUGGAAUUCUCUUUGAAUUCUUAUUUUUGUUAAUAACCCUGUCAGUCUCAGUGUGCGUCUUUAAACCGUGAAUGGAAAUAUCAGUUUUAUUUCCAUCUUAAAUAAAAUUAGAUUUUACUGGAAUUCCACAUCAGGACAGAAUAUGUCGGGAUGAUUGUGGUAGCCAUUAUCUAGUGCCGUGGAGGUAAGUGUUUUUUACCUCCACCGCACUAGAUAAUGAUAAUAAUUUACCUCCAAUACACACCUUAUCCAGUAAACACUUCAAUUGAUUUUCUAAAGGCAUGCAAAGCAUUAUGGGAGUUGUAGUUCUACAUCUGGGGAGCUACCUUUUGGGCACCCCUGCUCUAAAGAAUGCACAAAUUACCAAUCAGAUUGGUACGUGUGUGUGUAUAUAUGUAUAUAAAAUAAUUCCAUUUGAUUGAUGUAUUAUAUAUAUAGUAUAAUAAUUGUUGUAUAAUAUAUUAUAUAAUCCCAGCCCACUUAUGUGUUUAUCUUUACAUUCAAUUGAUUUUACUGAAGUGAGGUAAAGAACAGUCUAUAUAAUAAAAGUUAAAACCAUAUUCAUUUCAUUUUCUGACUGAAAUUCUCCAAUCUGCAUAAGACACCUUGUGGAAUUUUUUGAUGCGGUCUAAGAUUUUCUGACACAAGUUUCGCAAGUCCUAGUUCAGCAAUUGAAACAGCACAUUACUUUCAUUCCACAUGUAUAAACGUUUCUUUGAAAUGGCUUGAUUUCUGGUUUCUGUUGUCUCCUUCUUUUCUCACAUUCAGUCACUCUUCAAGUACUUCCACCUUUCAUCAACUUCUCACAACCAAAACUCUGAAUCAUGUCCCGGUAAUCUGCAAUACACCUUAAAUUUAAAUAAAUAGAUUUAUAAAUUUAUAAUGAACUUGUCACCUAAGACACAGCUUAACAAUUAGCUGAACAUUUGAGGCAUGGUUCCUACAAAUAUUUCUGCUUACUCCAGAGUAUAUAAAUUAGAUGUUUAUGAAUGCUCUACAUAUAUACCGCCUAUAAAAAAGUCAUAUAAACGUGUCUCUUUAGUUCCUAAAGUCUACAAAUUAUUAAUCGUUGACUUGAAAUCUUUUUAUUGGAGCUUUAAAACCUUCCACAUGUUGUAUCACCCUUUUUGUUUUUAACAACCUCAGCAGUUUAGGUUAUAAUUAUUAAGUGUUCUUGCAUAGCAAGACCACUUAAUGUUAUCUCACAUUUAUAUUAUUAUUAUUAUUAAGUGUUCUUGCAUAUAUAUUAUUCUUAUUCUUAUUAUAGCCAAAUUUAGCACCCUAACUCCUCCCACAGUUUUUACACUACAUAGACCGUAAUAUACCGAAACGUGCAGAUUGUUCCCGAUUGGUGUGUUAUUACUUUGUGGAACAUUUCGCCGAAUGGUUCACGGAAUAUCGUCGUUCUUGUGGCGAAAUUGGUCCCAUAGGAGUGAAUGGCAAAAUGUUCAAAACUAGAGUGGGUGUAGGAUGUAUAGUUGGAGAAGCAAGUGAUGUCAUAGACAGGGCCUUUUGUACACCUGCUAAUGUUUUUAUGAAUGUAUGUUUUAAUGUAACUGUGAAGCACUUUGGGCAACAGCAUUGCAAUUAAAUUUGCUAUAUAAAGAAAUAAUAACAGUUACUCCGCCCACUCCAGUAGUAGACUACUGGUGGAGGCAACAACACUUCACACAAUUUCCCCAGAAAUUUUAGCUUUUCUAGUUAUAGUACUUUUUGUGUGCAUGAACACAUGAACACUAUAACGCAAUACAUAUUGUGCUUGAUUAUUCAAUCAGAUUAGCAAAAAUCUUAGGUUUCCCCAACAUAGAACCCAGCCAGAUAACUCAGCCCAUCAGAUGACUUGUGUCUCUUCAGACAUUUUUCCAUAUGAUUGCUGUCUCUCCGACACACUUUUUGGCAAACUCUAAGUGGAAUAUUGUUUCAAUUGGCCUGAUGCUCAGUUUUGGUGGAUUAUGAUAUCUGGGCAGAGUUGUAGCUGUGUCAUAUUCUUUCCAGUUUAAUUGUGGAUUUAAUAUUCUAGAUCUAGGGUAGACAACCUUCAGUACUCAGUUGUUGUGGACUACAUCUCAUAUAAUACCAAACAUGCCUACCCCGUGUCUAGAUAAGUGGUCCCCAACCCUGUCCUCAUGGACGACAGUCCAGGUUUUGUCAGUAUCUCUAUUUGAAUAAAAAAGGGAAAUACAUAAAUCCUGAACUGUUCAUGAGGACUGGGCUGGGGACCACUGCUCUCGAUGAGGUAAAAAGUUAGAGACUUUCUAUAAAACUUGUUUUGGACUUGUUUUCCUUGAACAUCUUGGUUUUCAUAUUACUGUUGGCUUAAAUAUGCUUUCUAACAAUCUCCAGGGCGGUCCAGACACAGGUGUAUUUAUUCUUAAGUCACGUGAACUUUUCAUUGCUCUUAAGUAAUGUGUCUUCAGAAGGCAAUUGGAGAAUGCAUAAAAAUAUUUUAUUUCAAACAUUAAUGUUUUAUUGAAACUUUAACAAGAUGUACAAAAGAUAGACUGUGAAACUGUGCCAUUAUAUGAGAAAUUAAAAUUGCAGAUCAGUUUCUCUCAUGGACAGUAUUAUAAAACAUGCCUUAGGGUAAGAAUGAGAUGUUUGCAAUUGUUAGAAAAUAAGGGUUGAAAAUGUGCAUUUCAAAUGUUUAUUUUGUUAUGUCAGCAUAAACAAAGUGCAAUAAUUAAAGCCCUAAAAAUAUUCUGCCAGUAUAUUCCUCACUCAGUACUCUCACCUGUAGUAAAUCUAGGAGAUUCUUACAGGGUUAAUCACAAAUGUGAGAAUUGUUAGGAAUUGGUCAAAGUAUGGGUGCAUACUUGACUUGGAGAAUUUGUCCAGUUUGGCAACGUUGGCCUUAAAUUUCAAAAUCCCUUUUAAUUCACUUUGAAUUCGUGACAGUUCUCAGUAAAGUGACUGAAGAAGAGUUAGAAAACUGAAGAAGAGGUUUUUUUUUUGUGCGCCUGGUGAUGUUAAAUUUGGCCCCUUCAGGUGUAAAACUUACAGUAUGAAGGUCAAAUGCUCGUAUAUCCGAAACGCUACGAAAGGAGACUAGGCAUAGAAGUAAUGUUAGUUUGGCUGAAAGUUGUCGAAGUGUCAGAGCUUUGUUGGGGCUCCUGCAUUCCAAGAAUUCGAAGACUUGGGUGACAUCCCAAAAGGAGGAAUACCUUGGCUGGGGUGGUCUAGCCAGUCGAAUUCCUCUCAAGAGUCUACAGAAAGAGGGGUGUUUACCUAUGGAAGCGUUGUCAAUAGAGUUGUGAGCCGCUGAAAUAGCGGAUCAAAACACAUUGAUCGAUCUGUAGGAUUUGCCUUGAUCCAAUAAGGCGAAUAAGAAUUUCAGAAGGCCGUGAGAGAUGCUGAAAAGGAAUCGAUAUCCCUUUCCAAACACCAGCUGACCCAUGUCUGCCAAGCAGAAAGGUAGGCGCGUCUACUGCCUGGUGCCCAGGAAUCCCAUAGGAGUGUCCGAGCUGUUGUCAGAAGUCCUGACACAUUCCAGGAUCCCCUGAAACGGUCCAGGCAACUAAUUGGAGUCUCUCCUGAAGAGCGAGAGGAUGACAGUCCCCUGCUGGAUUCCUGAGGAUGUCGUGGUACUGGGGCAGUAGAAUUGGAUAAUUCACAGAUAGCUCCAGGAGAGUUGGAUACCAGGUCUGGGCCCUCCAUAAUGGAGUUACAAUGACUAUCGUCACUCCCAGAGUUUUGACCCGGUAGAGGGUGUGUUGUAUCAUGGAGAAAGGCGGGAACUGCGUAUCGCAAAUGAUCCUGCUAUUAACUCCAGACAAUUGAUGUGUAGGACUUGUUCUGAGGGGGACCAUAUUCCCCUGGUGGACCUUUCUGAGCAAGUGGCGCCCCAACCUAGGAGGCUGACAUUGGAUUCCAGGACAAAGUCUGGUUGGGAUCUGAAUAUGGCUUUGCCAUUCCAAGCUUCCAUGUUGUGGAGCCACCAGUGGAGUUCUAUGCAAACUUCGUCUGUGAGGAAGAUCAACUGAUCGUAUGAAGUGGACCGGUGUAGGUAGUAUGUUUUGAGCCACUGCAUGGCUCGAUAGUGUAAUGGUCCUGGGUAAAUAGCCUGGAUGGAGGCUGACAGAAGGCCUAUGGUGUGAGCCAAAUUGCAUAAGCAAAUGUUUUGGAAUGAGAGUAAUUUGCGGAUGUCUCUCUUUAAGGACUUUAUUUUCGUGGAAGGCAAUUCUAAGUGUGCUUCUAUCUAAUCUAUUAGAAACCCAAGGAAUUGAACCGUCUGUGAGGGUUCCAAGGCCGAUUUCUGGAAGUUUAUGACAAACCCUAGGUUUUGUAGCAAUGCGGUUGUCAUGUCUGUAUGUAGGCGGAGCAGAGUUGGAUUCUGAGCCAUGAUCAGAAUGUCGUCUAGAUAGAUAAUGGAUCGUAUCCUGCGAUCGGAGUAGCGCCAUCACUGGUUUUAUCAGUUUGGUGAAACACCAUGGCGCCGAGCAAAGGCCGAAAGGCAGGCAAGUGAACUGCCAAAUCUCCCCUUGCCAGAGGAACUGAAGAAAGGCUUGAUGGUUGCGAGCUACAGGGACUGUGAGAUAAGAAUCCUUGAGAUUGAAUCUCGAAAACCAGUCUCCCACGCAGAGGAGGUCCCUUAGAAGAUGGAUGUCUUGAAGUGUCGGUAACUGACCUGUUGGUUCAGGUCUUUUAAAUUGAUAAUAGGGCGAAGAUCUCCUGUCUUCUUGUGAACCAGGAAGAUGUUGCUGAUGAAUGUGUGUGGGAAAGGCGAUCUUUCGAUUGCUCCUUUGUCCAUGAGUUUGUGUAAUUCUACUUGUAAUGUGAGGUCGUUUGUUGUGGACAUUCUCAGAGGUGUGGGUGGUGUAUCCUGAAAAGGAGUGGAAAGGAAGUCUAUUUUGUAACCCCUGACAGUGUUUAGGAUCCAUAGAUCUUGUGAAAGCAAUUCCCAUUGCUGAAAAAAAUGGGUUAGUCGGCCUGCUAUAGGAAUAUUGAGAGAAAAAGGGGUUGUUACCUGGAGCAGUGCGUCCACGUAGGGAAGCAGAUCCACGCCCUCGUAUGGAUCCCCUGUUGGUAACCAACUGCUGAUGGUAUGGGCGAGUAGUUCCUGAGCUCCAAUAGUUGUCCGUGGGACGAGGCCUUUAGCCUGUGAAGGCUGCUCUGCUGGUCGUUCGUCCUCUGUAACACCCAGCUCUCCCGGAGAAAUGCUGUGACUGUGAGCGAAAUACUGUGAGGAUUGGGUUUUGGUCAAGGUAGUAAAGACCGAUACAUGUUUUGAUAGGUCUCUUAUAAAAAAAGUAAGCCAUUGGCUUCAGGUCCCAAUUCUAGGGAUCCUAGGUCUGCUAACUUAGCAUCAAUCUUAUAUAAUGUCGCUUUGCGCCUCUCUGAGGACAUGUUGGCAUUACACAAGAAGCAUAAAGCCCUCUGGGCACAUUCUCGCACGGAAUGUGCAUCAUAUUCUCCAGUGUUAGUAGUUUCAUCAGCUAAAAUAAAAAUUUGCCCUUAUGAGGAUCUUUGCCUGUUCUAUUGAGGAAGGUUACUAACAUGUGGUCGAAUUCGAGAGCCACUUUGUUAGGUAUGGUAGGCCGAGGGCAUUCGGCUCUGAGUUUGGCACGUACUUCUUUAUCAAGUGGCUUUCGUAGCCACAUUUUGCAAAAUUUGGCUAUGUAGGCAGUUGGGGCCCAUUCGGCUGAACGAGGGUGUUUAAUGACCAUAGGAUCGAAAAAGGGAGCGCCCGACGUAUCCAGAAGGAUGAUUUUUAGAGGAUUUCGAUCUGAAUUUGUAUCUAGGUAGGUCUCUUUAACAAAUUCUGAUGUGGGAUCAGGUAGCGCAUUCGCUGUGGACUCCCCAUCAGAAAAAACGAGAUAAUAGUCAUCAGCCAUAGAGGUAGAACGCUCUAAAGGGUCUGAGGUGGCCUGGGCUGGACGGGAGGAUGAGAGUUUAAGGGACUUGGCGGAAGCCUUGCCCUUUCCUGACGAUGCACUAUUCCCUUUCCAGGGACGUUUACGUGAUACCUCCUCCUAAUCCGAAGGCUAAGAGUCAUCGGAGUCGGAGGGGAGGCGUAUGGUGGGGUUAACUUCAGUAGAAGAUUUAGCGUGAAAAGCUGCUAAAGCUUUAGGGAUGGAUUCCAUAAUAGUGGAAAUGAGCCAGGUGCGCAGUUCUUGCGAGAUUGCAGGCUCAGCUUGGUCAGACAUGUUUGGUCUGUGGUAGAUUGUAAUAACUAAAAUAAGUUAAACAACUAUGCAAUUAGUAGGGUCACCCACUAUGUUUAAGGAAUAAUUGUAAAUGCGGCAAUAUAGCAGUUAGUGGGUUGACCACUAACUUAUAGUAAGUGGAAUAAACCACAACAGCUAAAAAAUACACUGGAGUUGUGGGUCACCCUGGAGUAUUUGACACCUUAAGGUGUGUGUGUAUAAGUCGAAAAAUUAUUUGAGUGAGUUAGCACUCUUAAUAAGUUCAAAGGCUAGUUCACCCAUAUAAUAAACAGAAGUAUUAAGUGGGUAAAACACUAUAGUGUUUAUUGAAAUUGGGCGUCACCCACAAAUAGACUCAAAUUGAAAAGUGCAGUAGGAUCUUAAGUGGUUAAUACACUUAUUAUUAAAUGAUGGUGGGGGUCACCCACAAAUAUACACAGACAAUUGAAUGCAACAGUGGGGGUCACCCACAAAAAGCCCUGCUUUAUUGUCAAAGCAGAAGUAUUUUUUUGAAAGAAGUCUGAAAGGAAAAAAAAGGGCAAAAUGAAACACAGGGUCCGAAUUAGAGAAAACACAAAAAAAUGUAUUCAGGGACUCAGUAGGUACUUACCGAUCCGGUGAGCGUCUGGGAUAAUUCCGACCAUUAUCUAGCCAACCGCAGUGUUGAACGAGCGGGAGAAAGCCGUCGGAAAAUGGCCGCCGCAAAGGAAGGGCGGGAACAAUGCGCGUCGCGAGUAGGCGGUUAGUUGAAAAGGGCGGGAAAGCACAGCCGCGGACUCAUGGGAAGUAAAGUCCGCGACAGAUAGCAGAUUGUGAUGGGCUGCGGUCUCGUCUGAGGAGAGAGCCAUGGCCAGAUAUAAUUAAUAAUUCAGGCAAACCUCUGUGUGGGAACGGAGGUCGCCAGAUAUUUAAAGUGGAAGUUAGUCAUGAAAAGAAUUAAUGUGGAUGAUGUGAAUAUUAUUGUGGUAAUAGUGACUAGUAAUGAGGUAAAAAGGACCUGUGUAAACAAGUGUGUCCCAUAUAAAGGUGAAUUGUGAUAAAAAAAAAAAAUUUAAAACAGUAUAAACAAAUAUAUAAUUAGCCUAAAACAAAAGGCAAUAUAAUUGGAGUAGACUCACCUGGGAGGCAAGCAGCAAAGAAAGAGGAAGUGGGAGGAGCUUGAGGACACUAUAUUCUAUGCUUGUACACUCUGAUUGGUUAAAUGUUGUACAUCAUUGUUAACUAUUUCUUUGCUGCUGGGAGGUUGAGUAAAGAAAGAUAAGCAAAUAUGAAGCCUCCUGUCUUGACAUAAAAUUACAGCUAGCAUGUUAAUCUGCCAGGUUAAAAAUGUUUUUUUUUUUAUGUUUUUUUAUUUCAGACAUGUACUUGCCUUGUAUUAUAUUUGCUGAUGCUUCAAUAAUUCAGGCCUUUGUACUCUUGUCAUCAUAAAUAUCUCCUGGUUAAUUUAUUAAAUGUUUCAAUGUUUCUUCUGAAACUCCCCAUAUCCCACCCAUAUACCCCCCUGCCCCCACCCUAUUUUUUAAAUCCUUUUGUAAAGUUCCUAUCUAUCAAUCUUCUUUUCCUGCUUACUUUUGGAGAGAGAGUGCACAUCUUGCAUCCAUUAUAUUACAAUUCAUUUUGUUAUUCUGUUUAUCUGCCCGUUUUGGUGAGUUCUAUACGUUUAUCCCAUUUCCUCCUCUCCUCUUCCCUGUUACCUCCCCUCCCGGAAACUGAACAUCAGUUAUACCCAACUUGAUUAUUACAUACUAAGGUCAGGAGAGAGGAGAAAUACGAUAUUACUUCCAGCUCCAGUUUGUAGUUAUUUAACCCCCCCAAAAACAAAAAAUAAAUAAAGAAUCAGGGGGAAGAGGGGUCACUUUUUAACUCUAUGGAAUUUUAUUUGUUUGGUUCACGUUUCCAUUUUGUUUAUCCAUGUAUCCCAGUCUUCUAUCUGAGUAUAUUUAUUUCCUAAGUUCACCAGGAUACCCCUUUCCAUUUUUGCCUGCCAUAUGACUUGUUUAAUUAGUUCUUGGGUGCAUGGCAUUGUCACUGUUUUUCAGUUUCGUGCUAAAAGUAAUUUAGCUGCCGUAAUAAUAUGUAGUGUCAACAUUAGUUUCUUUUUUUGUCAUUUUUGGCCAGUUCAGGUAUAACAGGACCACUUCAGGCUUAAAUGCUAAUUUCAUUUCUGUUAUAUCACAUUGAUUAUAUCUUUCCAGAAUGUGUUUAUGGGUGCACGAUGCCACCAUGUAUGAAUCAGAUUGCCUUCAUUAACAUUACAUUUCCAGCAUCUGUCUGAUGACUCUGGGAAGAUUUUCUUUAGGUGUUAGGUACCAUCUGUUUGAGAGUUUGAAUUGCUUUCAGUAAGAUUUAAGCAAUGUAUAUGUUUAUAUAUAUUUGAUUAAGGAAUCUAUCAACUCUUCUUCUGCUAUAUGUUCUUGCAAUUCUUUUUUCCAUUUAUUAAUCAAUUCUAUCGGUUUGUCGUGUUUCCAUCUAUAUAUAACUUUGGUGCAUUUUGCCAACAAUUUUUAUAAUUCUUCCGCCAGGUUAAAAUUAGUGUAGGACCGCCUUGUAUUGGGGUACUGUGAAGUAGUGGUGGGCUUAACACACUAUGGCUAUGAGGCGGAACUGAAUCCCCAUAUUUGGUUGCUGAGAUAGGGGAUUUGUAAGCAGAUUUGUAAAAUUUAAAACUGUAUUAUUUUUUGUGUGUGCACUGUUCCUUAAUCUGUAUUUUGUAUAUAUUUUGGUCUUUACGACAGCACCACUUUUUAGAUGUGCAUGUUACGGGUAUGCACCUAAUUCCCUUUUUUCUAUGCAACAAAAAGACGGUCAGCAUAUACUUAGAGACAUUUCUCAUUCCAACAGGCUAAUCCAGGAAAUAUUGUUGGACUUUCAUAUACUAUUCUGUUAGUCUAAGGAACACUUAUCUGCAUAAAUUAACCUUUCUGGAAAAUAAAAUCUCUAUUCCAGGAAACAGACAGUGAAAAAGGAAACAGACAUUACACAACCCCAUGGCUGCUACAUGUUAUGUUAUGUUUAGUUUUUUUGGUACAUGGAGCUUCGAAGCUGAUGUUUUUAUGUGUGUAUGUAGUCUCACAGACAGAAUCAUAAGACAGUAGAACGCAUAUGUGCUUUUUAUCACGUUAUUCUCAGUUGCUAAUGCAACACUCAAGCAGUUUUCACCUGUUUGCUGCAAUACUCAAGGGUCUUUACAUUUUUAUGUGGGGGUUUGAAUAUCUAUUAAUUAUUGGCAUUUAUGUAGCGCUAACAUAUUCCACAGCGCUUUAAAAUAUUAUAAGAGGGGGAAAUUUAACAAUAAAUGAGACAAGUACAACAUGUUACAGGAACAGUAGGUUGAAGAGGACCCUGCUCAGACGAGCUUACAGUCUAGAAGAGGUGGGAUAUAAAACACAUUAGGACGGGGGGCGGGGCUGGACCAGCAUGGCGGACGGUGGCAACUUGCAGGAGCUCCCAAGCACACUACCUGCCCAAGCGACAAAUCGAAACUCCUGCCGCUCACUGCUGGACCCCAAAAGCGACUUACCUAACACAGACGACGGCUGGAGUGUUCCGGUCCGAAAAACUGGGAUGCUGACUGCCAAAAGCCUUGCAGAGCGGUUUCAGCCUGGCGGGGGCUACGUGCAGGAGAGGCGGCCGAUCUCCCAUCCCAGAUCUCCUCACCCAGCAGGACCACACAGAGCUCCACUUCCCCCCCUCUGGACCGGGGGGAUAUCCCGGUCCGUAUUUCACUGCCUACAGAGCGGAUGGCUCCCAGCGGAAGAUGCAGCGGAACCACGGAAUAUAUUCAGAUGCUCAAAAUACUGGAUUCACAUACCUGCCACAGCCAAACAAAGAGACUAACCACUCAAAGCAGGACAGUGCCCCAGGGGAGCCUAGAGGCUAAGCUUGGAGCUAUCUUGGAAGCCUUCUGGGUGAAAAUGGCGGCAAAAGCGAAUGGUCACCAACGGGAACCCCCAGCAAAAGUCCAGAGGCGGACAGCCCAAAAUGGCCGUGAAUCGCAUAGCAGCAUUCCACGGGGUCCAGCACGCACCAUUAGCGGCAACCGUCUCUCUGGGUCUGGAGCCACCCAAGAGACCGGCUCGCUGGAAGUGACCAGGCAAACGGAACAUACCACCCACACCUACAAGCCGCCAUCUGGGGAGACAAGUGCUGUUGAAGGGGAAGCCUACACAGUGGCGCUCAAGCAAACUACGGGACACAGAGAAAUGCAGACUAAAACAGAGGAAGGUACCGACAACAACCAAAAUUGGACCCCCUGUGACCACUCAGUCCCACUGGCCCCCACAUCUGCUCAAGACCCUGAGGGACUGCCCAACAGAUCACCAAUGUUUCCCGAUGUCAGGAGUCGGCUGAACUUGAACUGGACAUACCCUUCCGUGCCUAAGUUACCAGACCCACUAUACACUAAUAGUAGCCACCUUACCUGAUUGUGCAAACUGUUACGUGCUUUAACCCAUGGUUUACCCUGUUCUUAUACAUGUUCAGAUGUCCUAGCUAGUAACCUCUAUUUUACACUUUCUAUCCCUCUGUAAAGUGUUUAUCCAUGUAUAACCAGUUAGGCAAGCAACAAUACUGAAGAUAUACCUUGUUAGUUAAACAUCUUAUGCCAGCAUAAGUACCAAUCUAUAGGAGCUAGACUUGACUGAUUAGCUUGUAUAAUGACCUAUUUAAAAAAAGCCUGCUUAAAAUAUAAAAAUGUCCCUGUUAUCCAUAUGUCCCGCAUGUUAAGUGAGGAAAAGCCUGAGGACUGCUUCUGGGGCACCUCAGACAUGCUUGUAUCACUUGCUAUGCACUGCAAAAAAAAAAAACACACAUUAGGACAUGGGGUAGCAUCAAACAAGGUGGGAGUGAAGCAGAACUGAAGGAGAGAGUAAAGCACUGCCCAAUAGGAGAGAGUAAGGGUCAUGUAUGUGAGGUAGAGGUUACUCUUGGAGGCCAUAAGCUAUCCUGAAGAGAUGGGUUUUGAGCACGUUCUAAAUGAUUGAAGACUAGGGGAGAGUCUGUUGGUGGUAGGCAGGCUGUUCCAACAGAAAGGAGCUGCCUACGAGAAGUCCCGCAAGUACGAGUUAACAGUAAGGGUGGAAGCAGCGGACAAGAGAAGGUCAUUCGCAGAACAGAGAAGGGUCAUACCUAUGAAUCAGUGAAGAGAUAUUACAGGGGCUAGAGUUGUUCAGUGCCUUGUAGGUAUGGAUUAGUAUUUUGAAUUGACUCAAGGAAGGAAGUCAAUGUAAAGACUGACAGAGGAGUGAGGUGUGAAAGGAGCGACUGGAGAGGAAAUUCAUUAGAGACUGUAGCACGUCAGUACGGUUUCUGGGAAGGCCAAGUCAUAAUAUGAAUCUGAAUACAUAUCUCUAGGUCUUUGAAGUGUUACCUUGAUACAUUUUAGUUAUGGCAAAAAGUACCAAAUGGCAAAAUUAAGUGAACAGGUACCAAAGACACUAAAAUAUUACUUAUUGGUAGAUGGGUAGGGCAUCGUUUUUGGGUUAUGUUCUGUAUGAUGACUAAGGUCCUUGUUUUGCUCCUUUAGGCAUUAACCCUUUACCCUGAAGCUUGAAAGUGAAGUUUUUCGUAGUCUGUAUAGAGUAGUACAUGCAUUUUGACAUACUGUUAUGUCAGGUUUUUUUAAUUAAUUUUUUAAGGUUUUUAUUUCAACAAUUGCAUGUUUAAGAUGCAGGCAGUGAUAGCUGAAUACAGUGGUAAAGUACCAACAACAUAUCUACAUAUACACUGUCAUGUGAAUCAUCAGAUAUACGGCAGAAACAGAGAGGCCACCAACCCUAAAUAUGGGGUCUGUUUUGCAGGUGUUACUUGUGCCAGAGGUGAUGUGCCCUCUGGGCUAUGUUCCUUUGUUUGCGGAUUGCAAAGGCCAAGGUCUAAAAGCAUGAUUCGUUUUUGUAGGAAAAGUGGUGAGAACCACCGAUGCCAUUCAGAUACAAUUUGAUGAGUGUAGGGGUAUGUCCCAUCAUGUAAUUGGUUGGGGUCUAGGUUCCGUCUGCCGUAUAGUCGUAGUUCCCUGUAGUCUAGUAAAACACAUGCAGACUGGUGAAUAAGGGAAGUAGUAUCAAAGAGGGGGGUGAGGAGUAAAAAGGGGAGUACUAAGGCUGCCACAUAUCAAGUUGGGUAUACGUAAUGGAAGUGAUCAAGACUCCAGUGUGCGUUACCUUGGGGUCCUAUGUCAGGGCCGAGGGUGAGCGAAAGAUGGGUGGGUCUAAUGUGUGUUUUUUAGUCACUCUGGACCUGUUACAAGGGGGAGUUGGGAUGCAGUUACAAGUUUUUUAUUAUUAUAUUUCAUUUAUAAUUCUUAGAAAAUAUGAGUUAGUAUCCUACUCUGGCUGGGAAAACAGAGGUUUUCCCUAAGCGUCAAUGGGUGGGGUAGGUACUCAGGGCUUAUAUUAAAAAUAUGUUUCAUUGCAAGCAGAUCUUGACAGAAUUGAAUGGUUCUCCAGUAGAGGUCAUUAAAUAACCACAUUCUGGUAUUUUCAAGGGACCUGUCAGGCAAUUAAUUGUUGGGGGUUUUUUGUUUUUGCUUUUAUUUAUGUCUGCUUCGUCUUUGUAAAGCAGCUUAAUGUAUCUUUUUUUCUCUCCUUUGGUUUUUAUAGAUGAAGUUCCUUUUAUUGAUCAUUGUCAUGAUACCAUGGACUCAGAGCCAUGGAACACAUACCAGAUGUAAACAACCUUCACAUGAACAUUUAAAACAGAGACUUAUCCGAUUGGCUCCAGAUGCUCUCCUCUAUCUUAACAAACAGGACAUUACUCCAGACCUUGAGUUAAAGAAUUGCCCCAAGAGUGUUAAUCAGACAUCAGAUCUGAUCCAAGACCGGAGCAUCUCUCCAUGGUCCUAUAGGUGAGUAAAUACGUGUGCAGAUAUUUGUAGGUUACUUUGAAAACAUUGUUCCUGCCUACUGCACUGAGAUUAAAGGGACACAAUAAUCAAAACAAAUUUAACUUAAUGAAACAGUUUUUGUGUAUAGAUCAUGCCCCUGCAGUCUCACUGCCCAAUUAUCUGCCAUUUAGAAGUUAAAUCACUUUGUUUAUGCACCUUAUUCACACCUCCCUGCGUGUGACUUGCACAGCCUUUCUAUUCACUUCCUGUAAAGUGAAAUCUAAUGUUUAAACUCCCUUCAUUACAUAUACUGUUUAAUUUAGAAUUUAGCUUGCUAGACUCUGCAUGAGCCUCCCUUGUAUGAUUAAAGUUAAAUUUACAGCACAAUUUUCUAAAGUAAGUUAAUGUCUGGUUGAAAAUUAAACCAUUUGCUUUUACAUGCAGGCUGUGUGAAUCACAGUCGGGGAGGUGUGGCAAGGGCUGCAUAAAUAGAAACAAAAGUGGCUGAACUCAUAAAUGGUUCAGUCACUUCAGUUCAGAAUUGAGCGGUGAGACUUUAAAAACACCUAAACUACUUCAUUAAGAUGACAUUUUUAUGCUGACUAUAGUGUCCCUUAAAACACAAGUAUAAACUGUUUGGGUCCCUAGAAUACACAAAUUACCAAAGACUGCCGGUUUCAGUUCCCCAUGAAAAAAAUACAAUAUGAAUAGAGAUCCUUAAAUAUCUACCAAAAUUGUGACAAAUAAAUAGGUAAAUGGGGUUACAGAGUUAAACACCACAAUCAUCAAACAGUCUCUUUAUUCUACCACCUUGUGUACAGGGAGGGUAUUACAAUUGGGUAGUGGUUUAGUGAAGAGCCGCUAUCCAAUCAUUGUCAUCCUGCUCCUGAACAGUUUUCCGAUUACAUCACUAAUGACAUCAAGAGUCACAUAUCAUGACUGUCCAUCCAUUGCAGCCGCAGCCCUGAAAGGUUUAAGUUAAAUCUAGGCAAGGAAUUGUGAGGACUACUUACAAUAUGUAGUGGAUAUGGUGCUUAGACUCUCCAUUUCAUGUUUGCUCUCCCACAAAUGGAGAUAAGUCCAUUCCAUGGUCUGAGUGAACAGACCUGCUUCAUUUGAAAUGCUGCAAUUGACAUUUUCAUUUGAACAACAAGGCUCACAUUAAAACAUAUCAAUUUAUUGGAAUUUAGUCAAAGAUUUUAGACAUGAUACAUUCUGGUAAUAUAUGUACCAUUCUGUAUUCCUUUUCUCCUUUUCCUUAACUAUCUGUCCAUAAAUACAUUUCAGUAAUGAAGAUGUUGUAAUGGUAUGAAGGAAACUAUUUAACGUUUGCCUUUCUAGGAUCAACGAAGACUUAAACCGAUACCCGCAUAAAAUACUGGAGGCCUAUUGUCUUUGCAAAGGAUGCAUUUCCUCAUUCAACAAACCGGCAACCUCUAUGGUCAGCGAACCAUUUUAUAAAGAAAUCCCUGUUCUCAUCAAAACCUCAAAAUGCAAGAAAGAAAAAGUAAUCUUCAAGCUCCGAUACAUAAAAAUUGCCCAGUUUUGCAUCUGUCGAUUCCACUGAAGGAAAUAUUGGAAAAGAAAUGUCUCCAUCUUGGAUUUCUUCCUAGCAAUAUUCAAAGUUGAUGGCUUUGGGUUUAUGGUCUGACCUAUCUUGCAACUUCCUCUUGUAGCCUAAUCCUUUAGUCACUAAGUCAUUAAGGAUGUGAUUUUAUAAAUAUAUCCUUCACAAAAAAAAAAAGCUUUUUUGAUGACAGGGGCAAAAAUGUAUGUUCUGUGUUUUGGCAUAAGUGACCGGAGGCCAUUGUGUUAUUGUCUUAAGUGUUUUGACAUUCCUAGUCAAAUACUGGAGAGGGUGGUGCAACCAUCAAGUGGGAACAUGAUUUCCUGCUAGCAAAGUCAAUAAAACUUUGUAACAAUCACUGCUCGGACUUCAUGUCCAGUUAAUGCUUGCAGCAUGUGGUGAGUGAGUGCUACUUUCGUGAAAAUGAGGGCGCCACUUUGAUUACCUGAAGAUACUGUUUCCUGUGGUGCCAUUUUUUAUUUUUAUUUUUUUGGUAACAAACACUGUUGAAUAAAUAAGGGGAAAAAUUGCAGUAAGUCCAAUAUCUCCAUGAUGCUUAGCACUUCUUUUGUUUACUGGGGCAAGAAAAUACGUGAAUCUUCAGGUGAAAGACAUUUAUACUCUUGUAGAUAUUAAGCAUGUCUAUUUUUUUGUAAAUAAAGCGUUGUGAUAAGAAUUGAUAAACAGCCAGUUUUUUUGUUUCUACUGGCAGGCCAGUAAAAAAAAAUUAAAACAUUUUUUUUAAAUCACAGAGGGCCAAUCAUCAAACAGAAGCAGUAGCACCGCUCUUUUUGUUUGUAGAGAUGGUUAAACCUUACCUUUAGAGCUACCUGAUCUAUUGUACAUAGUUGAGCUAUAGACUUCAUAUUUAGUAUUGUGUAACAUAGCAUUAUAAGUUUUUGUAAUACAUAUACAUACAAAGAAAUUAUAAAAAAUGUGCUACAAUUUUAAUAUACUUCCUGAUAACCUUUAUAUGUUGCACUGUGUGGUGUUUCAGUAUCUCUAUGAUAAACAAUAAAACAUAUUACUUAUUUCUGAGACUCACAAAUGUAUAUUUGCUCCAUAACCUGUGGACUAUUUUCUACUUACUCUAAAAAAUAUGAACUAAAUCAAUAUUCUUUGAUAUAGAAAUAUAUGACUGAUAUUUUGCAAAUAGCACUUGGUUUAAUUUUUUAUGGGUGUGACUUUUAAAUAAUUAGAGCACUAAACAUUGUGACUUUAACAAGGUGUUGAUCGUAUUCUAAGAUACAAUAAUUACAGAGCUUUUGUUUUUUGAUACAAAGGGUGGUGUUUCAUAGAAGCUUUCGAUGUGUUUUUAGAAACUGCAUUUUUUUUUAUUUUGACAGAUCAACCUAUUAAAAGGACAUUUUUUUGCUUAAC